AUGGCAGAGAAACAAGAAAACCCCACAACAACAGCACCAGCAAAGCCUACAAUAACUCUUCCGCCAAGACCAUCCAUGGAGACCCUUUUCACAGGUGGCCUAAGUCCUGGUCCUAUGACUCUAGUCUCCAGUUUCUUCGCUGACACCCCCUACCCCGAAUCAGAUUAUCGUUCUUUCUCUCAACUUCUUGCUGGUGCUAUGGCUUCUCCAAUUGCGAGGCCUGCUUUUUUCACUGACAAUUCAACGCCCAACAAUAUUACUACUACUAAUACUACUACUAAUGCUACUAAUGCUACGUUUUCUUCUUCAAAGGAAGAUGGUAUGAAUAGUAUUAAUAGUAAUAGCAAUCUGGGUUUUAAGCAAAGUAGGCCUAUGAAUUUGGUGGUGGCUCGCUCUCCAUUGUUUACUGUCCCUCCUGGGUUGAGCCCUUCUGGUUUUCUUAACUCUCCUGGCUUCUUUUCUCCUCAGAGUCCCUUUGGAAUGUCCCACCAGCAGGCCUUGGCACAGGUUACUGCUCAAGCUGCAUUAGCUGCCCAAUCUCAAAUGCAUAUGCAAGCUCAAUAUCAGGCUUCUUCAGUAGCAGCACCUACAGAGUUGUUGACACGUCAGCCAUCCUUCAACCCUGGUGAAGUUUUGCAACAGCAGCAGCAAAUGCCACCCUCAACCUCAGACACCCAGAAUUCCACAGUGGAUCCAGCAGAUUUUUCUCAUUCUGAGAGGAAAUACCAACCUCCUCCUGCUGUUGAUAAACCUACUGAUGAUGGCUACAACUGGCGCAAAUAUGGUCAAAAGCCAAUUAAGGGCAGUGAAUAUCCAAGAAGCUACUACAAAUGUACACAUCCAAAAUGCCCAGUCAAAAAGAAGGUUGAGCGAUCUAGUGAUGGCCAAAUAACUGAGAUCAUCUACAAAGGCCAGCACAACCACGACCCACCUCAACCCAGCAAGCGUUCAAAAGAUGGCAAUGAUUCUAAUGGAAGUAUCCAUUCUCAGUCUAAACCUGAAGUUGGUUCACAAGCUCAUGCUGGUAAUGUAAACAAGUCGACUGAAACAUUACCUGCUCAUUCAGUAACUGGGAGGGAUCAGGAAUGUACUCAACCAGAUCCUUCAGAGCCAUCUGGAUUAAGUGACAGCGAGGAAGCCGGUGUUGCAGGUGUGCAAGAAGAAGAUAGGGGUGAUGAUGAGCCAAACCCAAAGAGAAGACAAAUAGAUGUUGUGACAUCUGAGGUAACUUUACCUCACAAGACAGUCACAGAACCAAAAAUCAUUGUCCAAACUAGAAGUGAAGUUGAUCUUUUGGAUGAUGGCUACCGGUGGCGCAAAUAUGGCCAGAAGGUGGUCAAAGGGAAUCCUCAUCCAAGGAGCUAUUACAAAUGCACCAGCGCAGGAUGCAAUGUUCGGAAGCAUGUUGAGAGGGCUGCAGCAGAUCCCAAAGCUGUGAUAACUACAUAUGAGGGAAAGCAUAACCACAACGUCCCUGCAGCUAGAAACAGCAGCCAUAGCACAGCCAACACUAAUGCAUCACAAGUGAAACCUCAAAAGGUGGUGGCUGGGGAGCAUCCCAUGCUCAAAGGAAUGGAUUUUGGCAACAAUGAUCAAAGACCGGUGCUUCUACGACUAAAAGAGGAGAAAAUUGCUGUAUAA